CCCCCGCCCCCGCCGCCCGGGCCGCCUCUGUCCGCGGUGCUGCCGCCGCCGGCUCCAUGGCGAGCUCCGACACCUAGGGGGGAGGAGCACCGGGGGAGCACCCGCCCCGCGGGGGGAGGAGGGGGAGGAGGCGGCGGCGGCGGCGGCGGCCGGUAGUAGUGGAAGAGGCGGCGGAGGCGUUGGCAGCGGCGCCGGGGCCGGGUGGGCAGCGCAGCGCAGCCAGGAGGCUCGGGCGCGCCCCUGAGCGGGCGAACGCCCCCCGAAGCGGCGAGGCGGCGGGCUGCCCGGGCCGGCGGCGGCCGCGGAUGCCCGGAGCCGCUCCCGCUCCCCGUGGCCGGCCCCAGCCCGCGCCGCGCCGAGAGAUGCAGCAGCCGGUCACCGCGCAGCCCCACACCCGCCGCUGAGGGAGCCCAAGGAAUCAUGGUGAGUAAGGAACCCGGCAAAUGCUUACUCACACCUUCCGAAAGCGAGGCGGACCCAGCAGCUUCCCUGGCCUUGGAGAUGCGCUAUGCGCUGGACGCCAACCGGCAGAUUAAGAAGAGGAACAAAGCCCUUCAGGUGCGCUUUAAGGACAUCUGCGAGGCGCAGAGCGAGCAGCGGGACAGGCAGCUGGCCGCUGGGUCGCCUGCUGACAGGAGGGAAGCCAAGCCCGUGUCCUACAAGGCGGCCGCUUACCGCAAGUACAUGACGGUGCCCGCCCGCAGGUCCAUCCCCAACGUGACCAGGAGCACAGGGGUGCAGACUUCCCCGGACCUCAAAAAGUGUUACCAGACCUUCCCUCUGGAUCGCAAGAAAGGGGGCGUCCUGAAGGGCAGCCAGCCCGCCGGCACCUUCAAGAGUCAGAACAAUGGCUUCCUAAUUGAGGCGCAGGAGCAGAGCGACGGCCCCAGCUCGGGGGAGGCCGCUGAGUGCGGCAAGGCGGGCAGCGGGCACAAGGCGAGGGACCCGGCGGCGCUCUCCGAGGAGCACGUCAACGCCGUGGGCCGGGCUCCUGGGGACUCCUGUGCCGAAGCCUGCAAGCCCCCUGAUCCCCACAGCUGCGUGAAAGGCCCCGGCCACCCAAACGCCAUCCAGCCGCCUCCAGAAGAGCCCGAUCCCCAGCCGGUGAAGCUGGAGCGGGCGCUGCCUGAUGCCGAGGACACCCACCCGUCAGCACAGGGCAGACUCUUUAAGACAGAAGUGGCCGCCGUCUAUUUACCCGCUUCUGGUGCCCAAGCCGUGGAGCCCACCUUGGCAAACUCUGGUGCGGAGAGCGAGUGGUCGCUGUGCCCAGCCACGGAGGAGAAGCGGAGAACGGGGCACCUGAACGGGCUCCAUCCCCAGGCCGACAACGCCCAAGCCUGUCCCGCCCAGCCGCAGUGCCCGGCGAGCGAGUGUGGCGAUCAGGCCCUUCAGAGGAACGUCUCCCCAACGGGUGAGAACCCGCCUUGCCGGACGGCGGUGGCGGUCAGCGAAGAAUGCCGUGAAAUUGUGCCUCACACCGAAGUCAUAGACUUGAAAGCACAGCUUCAGAUGAUGGAGAGCCUGAUCAGCUCCAGCCAGGAGACGAUCAAAGUGCUACUGGGAGUGAUCCAGGAGCUGGAAAAGGGAGAGGCUCAUCGGGAAGGGCUUUCCUACAGGACUGGCCAGGACACGGCAAACUGUGCCACGUGCAGGAACAGCGCCUGCAUCAUCUACAGUGUGGAACUGGAUUUUAAGCAGCAAGAAGAUAAGCUCCAGCCAGUUCUGAGAAAACUUCAUCCUAUUGAGGAAACUCAGGUCGCACCCUUGCCUUACUCUCCGGAGACUUACUCCUCCACUCCCAAGCAAAAAUCCAAAACUGAAUCCAAAAAGCAUGGAAGAUGGAGACUCUGGUUCCUUUAACAAAACACCGAAUCCGGAGUCUAAAGGCCGCCACCUCGAAAACACACUGGAAUUGAGUGAUCCCUUUCUUCAAAGGUUCCGAAUCAAUUGAACAGUGCUGUCGUUGGGGCAACAUCCAUCUCUCACCA